UUUGAAAUGGGAAGGAAGGAGGAGGUAAACCGAGGCGAGGAGGUGAGGGGCGUACUCUCUAAUGGGUGCCGCGCUCGACUUCCGGUAGCCCGAAGACUAACUUCGAAACGUGGGUAUAUGCAAGGGAUUUUUUUUUGUUUCAACAAUAGCUGUGCUAGCUGAAGAGGAAUAGAGACACGUUUUCCAACUUCUCUUGAUAAGACUGAGAAAUUCAGCAGUAGUAUUUCCUGAAACCAUCAAGAAGAAAAAUGUCAGUGACACUGCAUACAGAUGUAGGUGAUAUUAAAAUAGAAGUUUUCUGUGAGAGGACACCCAAAACUUGUGAGAAUUUUUUGGCUCUUUGUGCCAGUAAUUACUACAAUGGCUGUAUAUUUCAUAGAAAUAUCAAGGGUUUCAUGGUUCAAACAGGAGAUCCGACAGGUACCGGAAGAGGAGGUAACAGUAUCUGGGGCAAGAAAUUUGAGGAUGAAUAUAGUGAAUAUCUUAAGCACAAUGUCAGAGGUGUUGUAUCUAUGGCUAAUAAUGGCCCAAACACCAAUGGAUCUCAGUUCUUCAUCACCUAUGGCAAGCAGCCACAUUUGGACAUGAAAUACACAGUAUUUGGAAAGGUGAUAGAUGGUCUGGAGACUCUGGAUGAAUUGGAGAAGUUACCAGUAAAUGAGAAGACCUAUCGACCUCUUAACGAUGUACACAUUAAGGACAUAACAAUACAUGCCAAUCCAUUUGCACAAUAGCUAUAAUAGAUCUGGAAAAAUAUUUGGCAGACUAUUCAAGGAACACACCUAUUGUGGUUUACCCAGUUUUAAUUAUGUAGAAAGAUUACAUCAUCUGCCUGCCUGUUUAUAGCUAAGAUCUUCUAGGAGUUGGUGGUACCAUGAGGGCCCAAACAGCUUUCAUUUCCAUUAUUACAGCAUAUUUUUUACUAUAACUAUUAUCUAAUGUAUUUAAGUUCAAUUUUUAAAAAAAACUCUUCUACUUGUAAUUUUUUGUUACACAUAAACAUUCAUAUAUAAACA